UAUUCAACCUCGUGGUUAAAGUUACUGAAGGCGCAUUCGUGUGAGGUUAAGUUUGUGAUUUGCCGAAUUUGAAUAAUUAAUAUAUAAGACAAAGUUUAAAAGGCGGGCAAGCAGGAAUUGCACGCUACAAAUGUGAGGAGAGAUGGAACGUGUGAGUGUUCUCUGUAUUUUUGUAUAACUUUUAAUCCGGGAUUUGAAGCGGUGGCGGCAACCGCGUGGUAAACAGACAACAGUUAAAAUGGCGAAUAUAGGAUGCUCUGCAUUUUCUCGCGAUGGACAAUAUCUUGCGUAUUGUGGAAAUGAUGGGAAACUCAAGAUUUGGGAAACAGCGACAAGUCGACUCAAACAAGAAUACGUACCGAAUUUACAUCUUGCUUCACCAUGCAGUGUUUUGGGAUGGAUUACAACGUGCCGUCGACCAACCUCAAAAAAGCGCAAGAAAAGGUCUAUAUCAGAAGAUCCAGAGGAUAAGGAAAUUGUAGCAAUGGGUUCUUUGAAUGGCAAUGUUACGUUGUACGAUGUUGCAGCAGGUUCUGUUAGUAAACAGUUACAAUAUGACCAUUCCGGAGCUGUAACAGCUCUCACAUGGUCAGAAACUAGUGGCUUGUUUACAGCGGGUCAUGAUCAGAAAUUAGUGGAGUGGAACAUGAAAGAGAAUUGCAUAAAGUGCAAAUGGAAAUCAGGCAAAGGCAAAAUCACAGCUCUUUCUGUCUUACCUGAUGGGAAGUCCCUCAUUUCUGCAGACAAAAUCAUCAAAUGGUGGAAUCUGUCGACUAAACAGAUGAUCACUAGUUUUACAGGACACGCCACACAAGUUGUGUCUCUAAAUUCCAUAAGAAUAGACAACAGUCAAUACGCUAUCAGUGCAGCAACUGGCGAGGGAUAUUUAAAUGUGUGGUCACUUAAUGAAGAAAAAAAAGAGAAACAUGCAGUUGCAACAUUAACUAUGCAGGAUGAAGCUGUUUGCGUUUCAGUCCGUGUAGUUGACAAUUGUCAAAUAAUGGUACUAGCCAUAACACGCUCUGGCCAUACUCAUCUGUAUAAAUAUCAACCAAAUGGUCAUUGUUCCAAACCAAUAAAACCAUCAAUCAGUAUACUAAUAGCUUCAGACGCAAGCCAAAAGGACUUAGUACAGCAAGUUCCAGUCUUAUUAGGGCAGUUGACGGAAGAUGCAAAACUCCUUCUGGCCUAUGGUUCUUAUUUGAAUUUGACGUUCGAGAAACUCACACCAGAUUUCUCCGAUAAAGUACAAUGCUUGGUAAGGUCAGAUGUGCGAAAAUCGCGUGAAAGGAGGGAAGGGGCCAUUACAAAAGUUAAAGUGCCAGAGACUGAAGGGAACGUAGAAUAUCUUCUUCCAGGAACGACCACCAAACCAAUGAAAAGGAAUCGUUCAACUGCCUCAGGCUCUCAAUUACCUAUGAAGACCCGAUUAGAAAAUCUAAGUUUAAAUGAAGACACAAUCACAUCUGGUAAUACAUUAGGCAAGAAAGAGAAAAACAUGGUGCAAUUGUUAAUGCAAGGCUUGCACAGCAAAGACGAUAAGAUCCUAAAGAGCGUACUCAUGAUCAAGAAAGAGAACCUGAUCAAAAGCACAAUAGUCAAGUUACCUGUGCAAGAGAUUACACCUCUCUUACACGAAUUGACUACCAUGCUUCAAGGCAAAACAUACCCGACUAAAAUAGCAGUCAUGUGGCUGAAGGCUUUGGUAGCCACACAUGCAGCACAACUUCUAUCGCAUCCAGAAAUUGGUGAAUCCCUAAGUCCCAUUUUGGGUGUAGUGGAUGCUAAAAUAACACUCCUCACAGAACUAUCCAGACUCAAAGGCAGAGUUUCAUUGAUAACAGGUCAAAUAGCACGUGCUAAUGAAAAACAGGAUAAAAAUGUCACAGAAGACAGUCUUCUAGUUUAUCAAGAGCCAGAUUCUUCGGACGAAGAUACCGACGUGGACGAAGUAGAGAUGGGCAGCGAGUCUGAUGAAAAUUGGGAAGAAAUUUCUGAGCUGGACGAGGAAGAGGAAGCGAAUGAAGGAAGGGACGUGGUAGAAAAUGAAAGGUUGGAUAACAACAGCGAGAAUGAGAACAUCGAGAAUGGGGAUAAUGACGAUGAAGAUGACGAUGACGUUUCCAUGAGCAGUUGAUUGUUUGAAAACGUAAGUGAUUGUUGAAUUGUAUAUGGAGGAUUCGGUAAUAAAGUCAGACAAGGGAAACGAGAUGGGCGAUUAUUAGAUUUUUUAUCUGUCAGAAAGUAAAAGGAUGUAUUGGUGACAUGCACCAGAUUGGUCCUUUUAUAUGCGUCUACUGAUUGUAUAAUAGAGCGUAAAUGCGUUUCCGGCACAACCCGGAUAUUUAUAGAACUUCUAUCAUUGCGAAAAUAAAAGAAAAUUUAUUCAUACACAAUUAUAUUAUAAA